AUGAGGGAAGCGGCAGCAUGUGGACUAUUUAUUCUUUUGUUCGACAUGGUGCUGUGUUUGGCACCGUGGGCUGUACUGGUGCUGCUGGAGUGCUCCAGUUUUGGUGGACUGGCAGGUGUGUGGGCCUUUGGGGCAGUAAAGUGGGCCGUUCUCCAUGUUUUCACCUCUAUACUGACUGAUGGAAAGCCGCAGGCUGUGCUCCGCAGGUUGGUAGCACUCUUGUGCCUUCAUUCUCCUGUGUUUGAAAGUGGACGGAUCCUUAUGGCACCUCCUGAAGAGCCUUACAUGGGACCAUCUCCUAACUUCAGCCUGCUGCUCCUGGGCUCAUUGUCCUCGUCUCUGGCCUGUGUGGUUUGGGAAAAGGGCCUUAGAGGUGAUGGAAAGACGGACAGCAAUAAACUGGAUGCCAGGCGGUUGCUUAUGAGGAUGCUGAAAUACUUCAAACCUGACACCCUUUACCUAAUUGCAGCUUUCAGUUUCCUCAUCUUAGGAGUCGUCUGUGAUACAUUUAUCCCAUUGUAUCAGGGGAAGGUAAUUGAUAUGCUAAGAGGUCAAGUCCAUCAAACCAGCUUAUGUUAUGCAAUUGGACAGCUGGCACUUGUCUCUCUUGGAAGCGCUCUGUUCUCCGGCUUAAGAGGAGGCAUAUUCAUGUGCACCCUGGCCAGACUGAACAAGAGACUGAAGCAUCUGCUGUUUCAAACCCUCCUGCAGCAGGAGGUGCACUUCUUUGAUGAGAACAACCCUGGACGUCUUUCCUCCCGCCUGCACUCUGACGUGGACAGGAUGGGCCGCACAGUAGCACUGAACGCCAACGCACUGGUUCGCAGCACAGUCAAAACCUGCCUCAUGCUCGCAGUGAUGUUAAGCCUGUCCUGGGAGCUCACUGUGCUGACCUGCAUAGAGAUGCCACUCUUGGCCAUCAUUCAGAACAAAUACAUCACCUGGUACAAGGAGCUGAAAGAUCAGCUCCAGGACUGCCUCGCUCAGAACAAACACCUGGCUUUACAGACCAUCGGUGGGAUUCACACAGUCCGCAGCUUCAAAGCAGAGAAAGAUGAACUGAGGAGGUAUAAUGAGGCUCUGGACAAGAUGCGCACAGUCAACAGACGUUCAGGAAUCUACAGCUCAGUGUUCCUGUUGAUACGGAGGCUGGUGAGUGUGGGGAUAAAGAUACUCAUGCUGUUACAGGCCCGCAGUCUCAUCUCGUCGGGUGACCUCAGCAUCGGUAGCCUUGUGUCCUUUUUCUUGUAUCAGAAGCCCAUGUCAAACAAUUUAAAGGAGAUUUUGUAUUGCUAUGGAGAGACGGUGUCCACGGUUGGAGUGAUUAAAAAAGUGUUCAGCUAUCUUGACAGGACACCACAGUGUAAGAAGGAGGGAGAGUUGGCGCCUGAGAAGCUGGAGGGAAGAAUUGUUUUUCAAAAUGUCAACUUCACCUACCCUUCGACUCCUCAAGAUAAACCAGCACUGAAGUCAGUUUCCAUGGAAAUUCAGCAAGGGAAGAUGACGGCCCUGGUGGGCCCCUCCGGAGGUGGAAAGACUUCCUGUGUCAACCUCCUGAAGAGGCUGUACGAACCUCAAGAGGGACAGAUCCUGCUGGAUGGAGAACCGCUGCACCAUUACAAUCACAAAUACUUCCAUCAAAAGAUGGCCGUGGUAUCCCAGAAUCCCGUGCUGUUUUCUGGUUCACUGAGAUACAACAUUGAAUACGGCCUGAAGGACUGCAACCUUGAGAAAGUGAAAGAAGCUGCGAAGAAGGCCAACGCAGACGACUUCAUCUCUGAACUGGAGAAUGGAUACAACACAGAUAUAGGCGAAUGUGGUGACAAACUUUCAGGCGGACAGAAGCAGUGCAUCGCCGUCAUCAGAGCUCUGGUUCGAGAUCCGCAGGUCAUCAUACUGGAUGAGGCGACCAGCAAACUGGAUGUUGAAGCGCAGCAUACUGUGCUGCAGGAGGUUCUGGCUCGAGGUCGGACGGUCCUGGUGGUGGCUCAUCAGCUGAAGACUGUGGAGAAGGCUGACCACAUUAUCUUCAUAGAGAAGGGAGAAGUUGUGGAGGAGGGGACGCACCAAGAACUCAUGGCAAAGAAAGGACGCUACCAUCGUUUGAAAGAGGAACUGUUCUCUCAAGUCAGCUGAGAAAAGCCCAGAAUGUAUUUUUACUGUUUGUACAUUUUAGUUAUAAUAAGUGUGUGCAAGUUAACAAAACCUGGCUGUUUGUUUCAUCUUGUAAGGUUUUGUUAGUACAAAAAGCAUGCACUAUAUGAAGUGGUAGGAAUGAUAAGGUGUGGUCUGCAUGUUUAAUGUCUAAAGUAUUUAUUUAGUGUUUGAUAUCAUCACACUGGCAACAGUGACACCAGAAAGCACUCUAAUGACCAUGAGAGCUGAUAAAUUAUCAGCAUUGUUUUAAAUAAGUGUACGUUUAAAGUGAGACAGUUAGCUGAAAAGUGUGGGGGGGGAAUACUCUUUCAGAACUUAAAAACUUUUUGGACUCAUAGUGGAGAAGAGAACUGUUAAUCAUUUGUGUACCAAAUACAUUGACAAACAACAGUGGUUAGUAUUUGUAAAGCGCCUUUCUAGUCUUUUCGAUCACUCAAAGCGCUUUUACCGUCCCUACUAAAUUUUACGCCCUUUCUUUCAACAAUAAAUGAUUCCACUCUGAGCUCUGAUUCAGGAUUUAUUUAACACAAUAACUUUGAUAAACAAAAUUAGUGAUCUCCAUUAUUGUAAACAAACAAAAAAUUUACGUGAGAAAUCCAUUUUAUAUUUGUUUUCAAUUAACUACUACACAACAUUUCAGAGGGAAAUACUACAUGUAUUUGGUACUCGUUACUUUACAGAUUUAGGUUCCCAACCUUUUUGGUUUGUGACCCAGUACAAGAAAACAGUGUCUGGUUGGGGUACUUUGCCACAUUUAAGAUGUUAAUGAGUUGUUUUUCCACCAAGCAGAUUUCCAUUUGUCUAAAAGUAAACAUUUGCUAACAAAAGCUACUGGUCAUACAGACCAAGUAAGACUGUAGCAGCAAAACUAGUGUGUUUAUUAAAUGGAACAUUUGAGGGGAAGAAUUAUGUACCAUGUCUUUAUCUGAAUACUUACGUGAUACUACUUGUUUUUGAUAGUAUUUUGCACUUGUACUCUAGAAAAUGACUUGGCAUGGUGGCAUUUGUACAAAACAUCAGAAAACUUUUUUUCCACCACUGUUUGUUUUCAUUGGCUAAGUGGAUACGUCUCAAACAGACUUCAAUAUGUAAGAAAGCCUUGUGGUGUAAAGUCCUCCCUCCAGUGAAA